UCUCUGGGGCUUUGGCCGAUGACACAUGGCCACAUUAUGCAGACCUACAAGCAAAUCGCAGGACAUGGCUUUCAUAAACCUGACGCCCAGUAAUACCACAGCAAAGAAUAUUGUUUAUUGUCUGAUCAUAACGAGUCUUGCGGACCAUACAUCGAUUUAUUUUUACAAUUCAACUAUUUAUACAUGAAAAAAAACAAGAAUAUGCACAACGCAAUCAGUACAAAAAUAGCAGGGAUCUCAGUUGAUAUUAGUUUUCCAAUUUUGAAGUCUGAUUGGUUCGCUAUCAUAAACGAGACAAUAGGUCUGGGAUAUAGCAAAUUCAGCUGUAUAAAAUGACCUAUAUAUGGUUUCCGUAAUAUAUCAUUCAUAGUUUGUUCUGACAAAAGAGUGAUUGAACACUUCGUCACUGCAGAGGUUACAAAAAUCUAUCGAAAGGUCGGGAAAAAAGUGCCAAGGUAAGAAAACAAUAAAAAAAACUUGUAUAACCAAAGUUCUAGCUUAUUAUAUCCCGAAGCAGCGAUUGUUACAUGAAUUGUCAUCCAUUCAACAUAAUUACAUAACGAUAACCUUUAAAAGUUUUAUUUCAACCGACUAAUUUUCCAAAUUCGUCUACUUUUUGCACUGCCUUUUAGUUUUUCAUUUCAUUUUCAACAAAAAUCAAACGAUGCUGUUUAAAGCUCAAGAAAUAAUAUCCCAAAAAACUGCACGUUCACUCAGUGCACCCAUAGUCCAUUUUGGCAUGAAAUUACUCAGCCAAAGGUAACCGCAUAUCAUAACUGGUCGACCUCAAUACCCAUAAUGCUUCUGUUUUUUAUUAAAACAGACCAUGAGUGAUAACUAGCUUAACUGAAAUGAAUUCUCGAUAAGAAAUUGCUUCUUUUUCUAUGUCAACGGUAAUAAGUCCAUCUGCAUCGCGUUUCGUUUCGAGUUCUUUAAACCCCUGUUAAUAACUUUUUAUUUGUUACAACCCAGUGUUUCCCUGUGCGAAAAAGUACCAUUGAUUCGCCCCUUAUUCUAACCAUCUUCAGUUUUCGUUAAUUAAAAUUGUGCACUUUCUGUGUUGUGUGCUUUGAUCAACCGAUAUUUUGUUGAAAAGCUGCUUGGCAGUAACUUGGUAUACACUCCGUAAUAUUUGAAGCAUGUACGUUUUAGUGUGCGCACAGAUAGAAAUCUGACCCGAACAGCCACGCGCCCCUGCGCGAGGUGCAUGUUUAAAAAAUACUGAAACCACCUGCUCGUUAAGUGUAUUUCACAUCUAGUUAAGGUUUUCAAUUUGAACAUAAAAAUAUUUUUACAAAUAUAAAAGCGUACUAAAUAAUCUAUGACAUUAUAUGUUUUCCAGAACAUAUUAUUUCCAAUCCUAUAUUUUUAGGCAGAAAAUCUUCCCUGAAAAUAUUCCCUUUAUUUAGCUUGAAAGCUGACUCUCUGUUGGAAAGCAUAGACAUUUUUUCUUCGUUUUUCAAACAAGGGGUUCCUCAAGGUUCUGUACUUGGGCCCAAAAAAGCCUUUUUGAUAUCAUGUACUUCACUGAGAGUCUUUGGUAAACAGAAUUAAUAAGCCAGAAGAGUGCUUGUUUCAUGCAUGAUAUUUCCUAGAAAUAGUAUUAUUAGAUGUGCUUCUAUAACUAUCAUUGUCACAUUAGGCCUUCAGUAACUUGUCGUUAUGUCGGAGCAUAACACUGAAACCUUCUAGCCUACUGUAGCCGCUGACUCGAGAAAAGGAUAAUUUUCGCGAGUCAGCGGCUACACGUAGGCUACACAUAGAUCUAGUAACGAGGAAUGUCUGUGUGGUCAGGCGUGUAAAAGUGGCGUGACUUAGUACAUCUCGUGAUUUUAUUUAUGUUUGAUUAGAAGCAUGGAAGCGAUGAUGAUAUUGAUAUCUUCUGACCGAAAUACCCACAAAGUUAUAUUUAUAUGAGUUCCCCACACUUGAGGGAGGCUUUUUAAAACUUACUCUAAGGAAUGACGUGCUCUCCGUUAGAUUUGUAGGUGCCCUUCUAACCGAAGAAUCGCAAAGAAAGAGGGAACAGUGAGACGAGAUUCGAAAACGGGCAAUCGCUUCAAGGUCGUCUUGGUAACAGAUCACUUUCAUAGCAACCAUGGACCUUUCACAGGCAACCAUAAAUACAUCACUUUUCAAUGUCACCGCCAACUCCACGGACACCCACGUGUUGGGGCAGACUCCUCAUCCCUUUAUCCGGAUCGUCAAACUCCUCCUUUAUCUCAUCAUCUUCCUCAUCAGCGCUAUCGGCAACAGUCUCACGGUCUUUGUUAUUAUGAGGCGAAGGAAGAUGAAGACCGUCACUAAUUAUUUUAUCUUGAACCUAGCCAUAGCGGACCUGACAUUAACUCUCAUAUGCAUCCCUUUCGAUAUUCCCGUCCAGGAGAUGGACUAUAUCUGGCCGUACGGACCCUUCAUGUGCAAGAUCCUGUACCCGCUACAAACCAUGUGCUUGUUCGCGUCCGUGUUCACGCUCACCUCGGUCAGCGUGGCGCGGUACAGGGCGAUCAUUCACCCACUGCGCCCCCAGCUAACCGUCAAGCGAGCUAAGGUGAUUACUGUGUUCAUCUGGAUGCUGUCCGUAGUGCCUGUAUCGCCGUAUAUUUAUGUUCUCGAACACAAGGAAGAGACCCAGUAUUGUGAAGAGCAUUGGGUGGACACUAAAUCACGGAAAAUCUACACCGUCACGUUAUUCGUAAUUCAAUGCAUUAUACCACUGUCCCUUAUCACGGCAGCUUACGCUCGAAUCGGGAAAGAAUUGGGAGCAAAGAAACUCCACGCGGAUAAUAAACACUUGCAAAGCGCCCAAGCGGAAGAGGCGCGGAAGGUCAUCCGCAUGCUAAUUGCGGUUACGGCGCUUUUUGCGGUUUGCGUUUUACCGACAAAUAUCAUGUGGUUGUGGUUGGACUUUGGUAAGGCCGAUCAGGUCUUUGUGUAUUUCUGGGAAGUCGUUGCGUUCUGUAACAUCAUGACGUUUGCGAACAGCGCGGCAAAUCCCGUCUGUUAUACUCUAUUGAAUGAUCACUACAGGCGCGAGAUAAUCUACUCUUUGCGAAAACUGACUUUCUGUAACCAAAAGAAACUAUUCGAACAGCUGGAGAUGACGGAGAGGGAUGAAAGGCGGCCAACCCUGGUUACCAUGGCAACUGGCUACUCGACCGCGUGAUGUCAUCUAUAGAGACCCUUCUGCUGGAAAUGACCGAGAGGGAUGAAAGGUCGUUACUAUGGCAACAGAUUACCGCGUGUUGUCAUCCGUAUACUUACCAUAGCAACCGACAUUGGUUGAUUUGAGUCAUACAAUUUCUUUUUUAGAGGUUCUUAUUUCGAGUUAAGACUUUUGCAUAUACAAUCAAGCUGUGUUACCUAUCCUUCUCGUGACUGGUGGCACAUAGGGCCUUAUGAACUGCCUAACCAUUUUUCUCGCUGUGCAGGUAUUUUGUCGAGUCAUAUUUCACCUUUAAAUUAUUGUUUGAUGAUAGAUUUUAGCCAUGACCGUUGCACGAACAGUCACCAAAAGCACUGGUUUUUAAUUUGAAAAUACUAACAUACAAGAAUAGUAGAAAAGUAGGUUCCAGGGCUGGGUUUAAUGCUUAGUCUAAAAUGUAUAAAGAAUAAUUAAUCUAUAUUAUAGAAACAUUAUACGAUAUUGUGAUGAACUAGUAAACACUCUUGAUCUUUAUUACUGGUUUAUUCGUUCAUUCGGAACAAGCUCCUUGCUCUACGACUAACUACCUCGUGUGUUCUUAUAACACGUGAUCAUGUCAAUCAUUACGUAUACAAAUACUUGAAUUUUUAUCAUACUCUACAUGUAUGUCUCCAUAAUAAAGUCUACAACUGCGGUA